UUCAGCACCAGAGAGCCUGAGGGGGACUCUGAGGAGAGGAAUCAGAGCCCUCAGGGCAUAAGUGUGGCUGGUUUCUUAAAUCUCAGCUUUCUGUGACUGGGGAAAGUUCACAGCACAAGUUUGCAACCGGCUCUGGGAAGCGGGUGGGAACGGAUGUGUGGUCACCAGUACCCACGCUCAUGUGAACUCACUUCCCCAGGGUCACAGCCCAAAGAAAUUGGAAUAUUCCUGUAUACUGUUGAGAUUCGGUGCCAAAGCCCACUCAACUUUUAUAAUUUGGACAUCUGGGAAUGUGUCGAGACUCGCACUGCAGAGCAGAGGGCUCAGCGCUGGAGCAGACAGCUGCCCGGCAGGCUCUUUGACUGGCUGCCACCUGGUUCUUGGCCCAGUUGAUGAUGUUCCUGAUCAGCUUCAUAAGCUCCGUGUUCUGUGGUCACCUGGGCAAACUAGAGCUGGACGCGGUCACACUGGCAAUCGCAGUUAUCAACGUCACCGGCAUUUCAGUGGGACACGGCUUAUCUUCUGCGUGUGACACCCUCAUCUCCCAGACAUUUGGGAGCCAGAACUUGAAGCACGUGGGGGUCAUCCUGCAGAGGGGGACACUCAUCCUGCUCCUCUGUUGCUUCCCCUGCUGGGCACUCUUCAUCAACACCGAGCACAUUCUGCUGCUCUUCAGGCAGGACCCAGAUGUGUCCAGGCUCACCCAGACCUAUGUCAUGAUCUUCAUCCCAGCGCUUCCUGCAGCCUUUCUUUAUACAUUACAAGUGAAAUACCUGCUCAACCAGGGCAUUGUUCUGCCACAGAUUGUGACCGGAUUCGCAGCCAACCUUAUCAACGCCUUGGCCAACUAUCUGUUUCUCCAUCAGCUGCAUCUUGGGGUGAUGGGUUCAGCGAUAGCCAACACCGUCUCCCAGUUUGCCCUGGCCAUCCUCCUCUUCUUCUACAUCCUCUGGAGAAAACUGCAUCAAGCCACGUGGGGAGGGUGGUCCUGGGAGUGUAUGCAUGACUGGGCCUCCUUCCUGCAGCUGGCCAUCCCUAGCAUGCUCAUGCUGUGCAUUGAGUGGUGGGCCUACGAGAUAGGCAGCUUCCUGAGCGGUAUCCUUGGCAUGGUGGAGCUGGGAGCCCAGUCUAUCACCUAUGAGCUGGCUAUCAUUAUGUACAUGAUUCCUGCAGGCUUCAGUGUGGCGGCCAACGUCCGGGUGGGAAAUGCGUUGGGUGCCGGAAACAUUGAACAGGCCAAGAAGUCCUCAGCAAUUUCCUUGGUAGUCACAGAGCUCUUUGCUGUGACCUUCUGUGUCCUGAUGAUAGGCUGUAAGGAUCUCGUGGGCUACAUUUUCACUACCGACCGAGACAUCGUGGCCUUGGUGGCGCAAGUGGUCCCCAUUUAUGCUGUGUCCCAUCUCUUUGAAAGUCUUGCUUGUACCUGUGGUGGAGUGCUGAGGGGCACUGGAAACCAGAAGGUCGGAGCCAUCGUUAACGCCAUCGGGUAUUACGUGAUUGGCCUCCCCAUCGGGAUUGCACUGAUGUUCGCAGCCAAGCUGGGCGUGAUAGGUCUGUGGUCAGGGAUCAUCAUCUGCACUGUCUGUCAGGUUGUAUGUUUCCUGGCUUUUAUUGCUCGGCUCAAUUGGAAACUCGCCUGUCAACAGGCUCAAGUCCACGCCAAUUUGAAGGUAACCGUGGCCGUGAAUGGGACUUCUGCUGUCUCUCAGGAGCCGGCUCAGGCAGGUGGUCGGGAAAGCCAUGGAGAAAUUAUGAUGACAGAUCUUGAAAAGAAAGAUGAGACUCAGCUGGACCAGCAGACGAACCAGCAACAAGUUUUGCCUGUCCAGCCGAAGGCCAGCAAUGAACUAUCUGGGAAACAGUUGGUCCUAAGGCGAGGGCUCCUGCUCCUCGGAGUCAUUGCGGUCUUGGUGGGGGGGAUUUUAGUGAGAGCAUAUGUCAGAGUUGAGUGACAGGGAAGAACCAGAGAUCGAGCCACACAGUUGCUCCCCGCCCGGUUUAUGAGAUUACAUACUGAAAAUAUUACAUCUGGACUGGGGGAAUUGCUGUGGUAGACAAACACAUGCUUAGUGUGUUCAGGGCCUCUAACAAGCUCUCUCUCUCUCUCUCUCUCUCUCUCUCUCUCUCUCUCUCUUUCUCUCUCUCCCCACCCUCUCUUUUUCUCUAAUACACACACACACAGAGAGACAGAGACA